AGUACUUUGAAUUUAAUAUUUUAAUCUGAUAUAAAUUGUUCAAUAAAUUAAAAAAAUUGUUUACUCUAAUUGUAGUAUUGCCAUAAAUAACCAGUACCUAAACUGACUAGUAAGUACCAAUACACCCAACACAGCAACAAGCUAGAACUAUGACAUCCCAAUGUGGACCGCAACAAGAAUUUAGACCACAAAGUGUUGAACGAGUAACAGAACAAUUAGGAAGUUUGAAAACAGGAUCAGGAGGACAACCAAUUCAAUUAGUAACAAAUCAUUUUCAAAUAUUAACAACUAACCCAGAUUGGAGUUUAUACCAAUAUAAAGUUGACUUUAACCCAUUACAAAAUAGGAUAAACAAUCAAAGAGGUCUAUUGAGUGCACACAACGAUCUUUUAGGAGCAUAUAUUUUUGAUGGAACAUUGUUGUUUAGUAGCAAGAAGUAUAAACCAGAUACUUUAGAACUGACAUCAAAACAAAAAUAUGACAACACAGUGGUAAUAAUUACUAUAACAUUUAUUUCUAUCAUUGAAAAGGGUGAUUAUGAAUUUAUCCAAAUUUUAAAUUCAUUGUUACAUAGAAGCCUUGUAAAUUUGAACCUAACACUGGUUGGAAGAAAAUUCUGUGAUGCAGAAGCCAAAAUCAGUAUUCCAAAAUAUAAGCUCCAACUUUGGCCAGGUUUUGAAACUUCUAUUGGAAAUCAUGAUGGUGGUGUGUUCUUAAAAACAGAAAUUUACACUAAAUACAUAAGAGAAGAAACGGUAUUAGAUUUUUUCAAAGAAUGUAAAGAGAAUGAAGGGAAAAACUCUCAUUGGAUGGUGCAAUUUAAAAUGAGUGUUAUAGGAAGUGAAGUUCUGAAUAGAUGUGAUAAUCAGACCUAUAUAAUUAAUGAUGUAGUUGAAGAUUAUAAUACAAAAUCAACAUUUUGUAAGGAAGAUGGAUACAGUACAUCAUAUAUAGACUAUUAUAAACAAAAAUAUGGAAUAAACCUUAGCAGUUAUUGUCAGCCAAUAUUGAUAUCACAAAAAAACGAAUCUUUUAUUAAUGGAGGUGAUAACUCAGAGCCUGUGUACUUAGUUCCUGAAUUAUGUAGUUUCACUGGAAUAACAGAUGCGAUGAAAAAAAAUCAUUAUCUCGUGGCUGAUUUAGAAACACAAAGAAGAGUUCAUCCCAGUGAAAGAAUUGGCAGAUAUAAAAAUCUUAUAAAUCGGAUUCUAACUACACCAAAGUCUGCAGAAUCAUUGAAACAAUGGAAUUUAACAUUGAGUAAUAAACUCGUUACAAUUCCUUGUCAUGUAUUACCACAACAAUCUCUUCAGGGAAAAAAUUACCAAUUUCCAGCUGGUAAUGAAGCUAAUUGGACAGUACACUUAUGUAAAUUACCCAUGUUUACUUGUGCUGAAAUACAACGUUGGGUAGUACUAGGUCCAGAAGAAAAUGGUGCUGAAGUUAGACAAUUUACCAAUACACUACUUCAGGUGGCAAAAGGCAUGUCAUUUAAUUUACCACAACCAGAAAUAGUUGAUUUAAAAGAUACAAGUGCGAGCACGUAUUCAACUACUUUGGAUCAAGUAAUAAAUCAAAUGGAUCCAUCAUUUAUUUUAUGCGUCAUUCCAAAUUCGCCUAGUGAACAUUACAAUCUCAUUAAAAGACAACUAUGUCUUAAUAGACCAGUUCCAUCACAAAUAGUAUUGUUGAAACAAAUGAAAAAUAAAAAUGAUAUGAUAAUGUAUGCCAAAAUUUCCAUAAAAAUGAAUUGUAAACUAGGUGGAGCACCAUGGCGUGUUGUCAUCCCUGAAAAGAGUAUGAUGAUAGUUGGAUUUGAUGUCUGUCACGGAAAGCGAAAUAAAUCUUAUGGUGCACUUAUAGCCACAAUGAAUGACACCUAUACUUCUUACUUCAGCUGUGUUCAAAAAUAUGAAAGCAGACAGGAACUUUUAAACAAUUUUGCAAUGAAUAUUGCUAAGGCUUUAAAUAAAUAUAAAUCCAAAAAUAACACACUCCCUAAUAGUAUCAUUAUAUACAGAGAUGGUAUGGAAGAUGAUCAGUUAUCUUAUGUCCAUCAAAUAGAAGUUGAUAUGUUAAAGAAAACAUGUAAAGAAUUCUACAGGGAGAAAAAAGUUGGGUUGGCUUUUGUUAUAGUUAAAAUAUCUAACAAUACAAAAUUUUUUUGUAACAAUCACAAUACAUAUCAAAAUCCACCACCUGGAACAGUUAUUGAUAAUACUGUCACUGACCCAACUAUGUACGAUUUCUACUUGAUAUCACAAAAUAUAACAAACAAUGCAGCUACGCCAACUCAUUACAAUGUAAUUUGGGAUACUCUCAAUGAAACUACUGCAUCCAAUUUCACACCCACGAUAGUUCAAAAACUUACUUAUAAAUUGACUCAUAUGUCCUACAAUUAUUCGAAUACACAAAUGGUUCCAGGCCCUUGUCAAAUGGCACGCAAAUUAGCUACUUUUACAGCAGAGUCACUCGGGGGUCCUGCAAAUCCUCAUUUGGAAGAUUUACUUUAUUUUAUGUAAAUAUUUAAUUCUUAUUUAAUUAUAUUUCCCCGAACACUGUGUAGAUACUUUAUUUAU